AUGUCGAUCCGUGGAGUUGCAAUCUGGGCUUUUCUGGACUGUAAUGAUGGCAGCGGUAAUGUCAUAGGCUCUGCAUUCUGCAUGUUUUGUUGGGAACUCAGGCUCCCCUUGCUGCAACGUGUACCACGCCUAGUAGAGGGAAUGAGAGUUGACGAGGGGAGUCGCCUUUUCAUCGCCGGAUCAGUGACGUUGGUUUCACUUUCAGCUCAGCCUGAAUAUGCGGAAUGA